UAUGGCCAUUGUCCAUUAUUUCAUUUGAUCUAGAAAGAGUUAAGGCAUGGCAAAUGCUGGUCAGGUAUCGUCGUCCCCUUCCAGACUGUCUCGAAAUGUAAGCAUAAGAGUCAACGAAGAAGACCUUAUUUCGAUACAGGCAUCAUCUUUAUUCCAUGGACUCCCCGCAAGUGUGAUCAAUUUGGAAAAGCCUCGUAGAACAGGUAUCAUUUGUACAAUAGGACCAAAGUCUCUUCCCAGAAUUGGAGAGCUUUUAGACGCAGGCAUGAACGUUAUGCGUUUGAAUUUUUCGCAUGGAACUCACGAGUAUCACGAGAGUUGUAUUCGUAAACUUCGCGAAGAACUGAAGAAGCGUCCUGGGAUGCUAUGCGCCAUAGCUUUGGAUACAAAAGGUCCUGAAAUUAGAACAGGAUUAUUCGUAAAUUCAACGGACGUCCGUAUCGAGAAGGGAUCGCAGGUUACUAUUACUACAGACGAACAGUUUCGUGAGAAAGGAACAGCGUCGAAGUUUUUUAUUGACUACAAAUCUCUUUGUACCACAGUGAAGCCUGGAAUGUAUAUUUUCAUAUCAGACGGAGUAUUAAGAUUGAAAGUAAAGGAAUGUAGAGAGACCGAGGUAAUCUGCGAAGCUAUUAAUAGUGCAGUGAUUGGAGAUCAAAAAGGAGUUAAUCUUCCUGGGGCAAAGGUUGAUCUUCCUGCAGUUUCAAAAAAAGAUAUCGACGAUCUUCGUUUUGGUGUCCAGCAAGGUGUAGAUGUUGUGUUUGCAUCGUUUAUCCGAGAAGCUUCACAAGUUUUGGAAAUCCGCAAGUUACUUUCAGAAGCAGGUCCUGAGGGGAAAGAUAUAAAAAUAUUUAGCAAAAUCGAGAAUCAACAAGGGCUUGAUAAUUUUGACGAGAUUUUGAAAGUAACAGACGGUGUUAUGGUAGCUAGAGGAGAUUUGGGUAUCGAAAUUGCUCCUGCUAAAGUAUUUGUUGCCCAGAAGAAGUUGAUUCGCUUAUGCAAUAUUCACGCAAAGCCAGUUAUUUGUGCUACGCAAAUGUUGGAAAGUAUGGUGAACAACCCUAGACCUUCGCGAGCUGAAGUGUCAGAUGUUGGAAAUGCGGUGGUAGAUGGUGCAGAUUGUGUAAUGUUAAGUGAUGAAACAGCAAAGGGUGACUAUCCAAUAGAAUCAGUGCAGCAUAUGGAUCUUAUUUGUGUGGAAGCCGAAGGAUUCCUUGGUUAUGAAAAAAUAUGGGCGGAGAUGAGAGCUUCGACUCCACGUCCGAUGGAGAAUAUUGAAUCUGUAUCUUGUGCUGCAGUGAUGUUGUCUUUUGAUGAAGAAGUCAAGUUAAUUGUGCUUGUUUCAGAGAAUGGGAAAUUAGCUAGAAAUGUGAGCAAGUAUCAUCCGAAUGUUCCUGUCAUUGCUAUAACCAGGAAUCCUCGAGUAGCACGUCAGCAACUUUUGAGUCGCGGUAUUCUGUCAUUGCUAGUGGACUCUUCAGAGUUUUCCUCUGUCAACAAUUUGUUAAAUAUUGCCUGCCAUGCUGCUGUUGAGGUUAACUUUUGCAAACCAGGAGACAAAGGUGUGGCAAUCUAUGACACAGAGCUGCGAAAAGACAAUGAAGAAGCCUCCGUGAUGCAUGUGUUUAAUGUUGAGUGACCAUAAUGUUUAUGGUAAGCUCUCUGUGAUUCCAUUGCGCCUGCAGACAUCUUUCUAUAUAUUGCGUCGUUGUAAACUUGUUUAUCUUUUUGUGUAAAAUUUGUUUUCUUUCGAUAUUAAUCAAAAGAAAAAAUGCUGAGCCAUUUGGCGCCUUUGAAGUUGUCAUUAUAAAAAAUGGCCAAUCAUG